AUGUCCUCUACAAACGAGGAGGACCCGUUCCUCCAGGUGCAGCAAGAUGUCCUCACCCAACUACAAACCGCCCGCUCCCUCUUCACCUCCUACCUACGCAUCCGUUCCCUGACCACCUCACCCACCUCUCCCGAACUCACCUCGGCCCGCACCGACCUCGAAGCCUCCCUCGCGACGCUCGCCGAAGACCUUGCCGAUCUCGUCGAGUCCGUCAAAGCCGUCGAGUCUAACCCGGCCCAGUAUGGCAUUUCCCCCACCGAAAUGGGCCGCCGCAAGCGCCUCGUCCAGGAAGUCGGCGGCGAGGUGGAUGACAUGCACGAGGAGCUCGCCAAAGCCUCUGGGAGUUCCAGCAGAAAGGGGCGGCCAGGCGCAAGGGGAGGGGCUGGGAGCGACCUUCCCGACCCAUCAGCCUUUGCGAUCCCGGACGGUGAAACCGACGCCAACAAUUCCAACCCUGACUACGCUGCCGAAUUUGAGCUUGAGCAGCAGGAGGUGAUGAUGCGUGAGCAGGACCAGCACUUGGAUGGGGUGUUACAGACCGUAGGAAAUAUCCGGCGGCAGGCGGACGACAUGGGCCGUGAGCUAGAAGAGCAGGUCGAAAUGCUGGAUCACACGGAGCGGCUGGUAGAAAGUCUUGGCGGGAGGCUGCAGAUGGGUAUGGACAAGCUCAAGUAUGUUGCGCGGCGAAGUGAAGACAAGUGGAGCAGCUGUUGUAUUGGGGUUUUGAUCGUUGUGUUGUUAAUCCUGCUGGUUUUGCUGUUGAUAUUAUAA